AUGGAGAUUUCUUCACCUCUCCAUUUCAUCCUCUCCAUCUCAAUCCUCCUUUGCAUAAUCUCAUCAUGCAACGUUAAUGCAGGUGACCACCAAUUGGGCUGGGUCCCACAAAGGCCCACCUGUCAUGGGUCGAUCGCCGAUUGCGAAUCCGCCGCCGAAUUCUCCAUGGAUUCCGAGAUCAACCGCCGCAUCCUCGCCACGAGCCAGUACAUAAGCUACGAAGCGCUCAAACGCGACAGUGUGCCGUGCUCACGGGCUGGCGCGUCUUACUACAAUUGCCGGCCAGGGGCUCAGGCGAACCCAUAUACCCGUGGUUGCAGCCAAAUCACACAGUGCCGGAGCUAG